UUUGCUUGGAUUGGCAACCUGGCGCGGGACUUUCAGUCAAAGAGGAAGUAAGAAUCAUUGUUGAAGCUUUAGCAUUCGCAACAAUUAUAUUGGUGUGACCAUGCAGUUUUCUAACAGGAGAAGAAAGCUUCUAAGCAAUCCACAGAAUGAGCUCUACGGUCACUGUCUCCAGUUUUACAGUCAGCCUCCGACUGAAAACAUCUCGCUUGCGGAGUUUGAAAUCUUUGCAGUGGAGAGAUUGAAACUGCUGAAGACCGUGGAAAACCUUGGCGUCAGCUAUGUGAAGACCACAGAGCAAUACAAUAAGAAACUGCAUGCUGAACUCACCAAUUUGAACUUCCCUUAUAGAACAGAGGCUGAUGACCGUAAAGAUCAAAAUGGACCGACUGAGUUUGAGAAGCGGAGAAAAGAUCACAUCUCCCAUUUCAUUCUUCGUCUUGCCUACUGUCAAACUGAAGACCUGCGACGCUGGUUCAUCCAGCAGGAAAUGGAUCUGUUCCGAUACCGCUUCAGUGACCUGCCAGCCAAGUACAAGACUGAGUUUCUACACCGCAACAAUCUGCAGUAUGACACUCUCAGUGUCGAGGAGAAGAAACUCCUGACGGAGAAGCUCAUUAACUCCAGCUAUGGAAUCAGUGGAGCCUCGGUUAUAGAACAGGACUACUACAAGGUGCCUUUCCAGGAUGCACUAGAUCUGGUACGAUCCAGGAAGGUGUUCUUGAAAGGGGGCUAUGCAUACAUUCCCCACCAGGACAUCAUAUCCAUCGUCCUCAAUGACUUCCGCACAAGGCUCUCCAAAGCACUCGCGCUGACGGCGAGAUCUCUGCCAGCGGUACAGUCUGAUGAGCGACUGCAGCCUCUUCUGAACCACCUCAGUCAUGCUUACGUGGGUCAGGAUUACAGUAUUCAGAAGAACAUUGGGAAGAUUUCUUUGGAACAGAUUGAUCCGCUUUCCGGCAAGUCCUUCCCCCUGUGCAUGAGACAGCUCCACAAGGCGCUGAGGGACAACCACCACUUGCGCCACGGUGGCCGCAUGCAGUACGGUCUCUUCCUGAAGGGCGUCGGCCUCACGCUGGAUCAGGCCCUGCAGUUCUGGAGGUCCGAAUUUGUCAAAGGCAAAGUUGACGCCGACAAGUUUGACAAACAGUAUGCCUACAACGUCCGCCACAUGUUUGGAAAGGAAGGCAAGCGUACAGACUACACCCCCUACAGCUGCAUGAAGGUGAUUUUGUCCAACGCACCGAGCCAAGGCGACCACCACGGGUGUCCAUUCCGGCACAGUGACCCGGAGCUGUUGAAGCAGAAGCUGCAGUCCUAUAAGCUGUCUCCCAGUGGCAUCGCUCAGAUCUUGGACUUAGUCAAGGGAAUGCACUAUCAGCUGGCCUGCCAGAAGUACUUUGAGUUGACACAUGGGGUUGAGGACUCGGGCUUCUCGCUCAACCACCCCAACCAGUACUUCAUCGAGAGCCAGAAACUGCUCGGAGGAGGAGUGAGGGAGGUGAAGAGGGAACCGGAGACGCCCCAGAGAGGCCAGAACCAGAACGCGGCCACGAAGACGUCCAGCGCCCCCAAGACGCAAACGCUCUCCGCGCAAGACGCGGCAGAAAUGGAAGAUCUUGACACACUCUUCCAGGACGAAUAGCAGUUCUGUUAGAGUAAUGGCCUCGUUGGGAAAGUUAUUUUCAGGUGUCUGUGAACUUUUAAGUGUCUCUGUUGUCUCUGAACAGUUUUUGUAGAUUGUUUCUAGAGGGCAUCAGGCAUCUAGACCCUAUAAUCUCUUACCCAUCGAGCUUUUUACUGUAUUGUUAUACACGGCCUGUCUAGAAUAUUUCGAUUUUUUUUUUUUUACAUAUCCUUAUAAAGACCUUUCAGCAAUGUCUGUUUUCUAUGACACAUUAAUCACUUUUUGAUUGAUAUAUAUCUUCAUGGUGGCAGACUGUAAAAACAAAUAGACUAUCAUUGGCUUUCAGAAUAAUAAAUAAAACAAAUGAGAAAUGCAA